AUCUGUGAUUUCUUGAACUCUGUCUGGGAAUUAUCCUCCCUGACUCCUUUGGCUUCCCGCAGAGGCUUUUACAAAAGACUGAGGAAACUGUUCACUUCAGGCCACUACUUCUCAACCCAACAAGAAGCACCUGCUAUUGGCUUGAAAUAGAGGAGGAAGGUUUUUCCCUGUUGCUGCCUCACAUUUGCAGUGGUGCAGUCUGUUGCCUUGGAGACCAGCUAACAUUCCCAGCAGGGUCUGCUUCACUGCCUUUUUAGUUGCUUAGAACUGGAAGUGGGCACCAGGAAAAGCAGAGUCCUGGACCAGGAGCCCUUCUCCCAAAGAUGGAGAAAUGAGAAAUGCAGGUGAAGGAGAACAAGCACUGAGUAUCUUUAUAAUGGAAACACAAAGUAGCCACAUCUCCCACGGUCAAGAUAAUAAAUAUCUAGAAAAUCACUGCACAAAGAGAAACAGAGACCCAAAGAAGCAAGUGAUCCAGAAGGAUGUCAGUGAAUUUGGCCAAAAUCCAGACGAUGGACUGCUAGUUACACAUGUUAAUCAGACACAAGACUUACUGAGGCUACAAGAACGGGAGAUCCAGCCCUCAGUGUGGGAUGAUGCACAUGAUUGGCUUUCAACUCACAGUUUAAAGUUUGAGAAGCUCACCUUGGCUGACCUGAUCUGUCAGGGCACAGCUGUGCUGGAGGAGGACAGCAGUGCCAUGAGGAAAAUGCAGUUCUCACCCCAGAUCAUCCACCAGUUCGAAGCAAAGCUUUCUGAAGCUAUAGGACUUUAUCAACAGAGAAUUCAGUGGCUCACAGAAAACAGCAAAAAGGCAUUUGGCCUCAUCAAGGGGGCCAGAGUUGGUGUUCUCAUUGAUGUGUCAGCCAUCAGCAGUAGCCCUAGGAAAGAAGAAUUUCAAAAUGACCUCAUGAGCCUCAUUGAUGAGCAACUGAGUCACAAGGAGAAGCUGUACGUCCUGUCCUUUGGCACCACCACCAGAGCCCUUUGGCCAGACCCCAUGGACGUUGGCACCUCCAUCCUAGAGGAAUUCAAGCUCUGGGUAAAGCACCUGCAGCCCGAUGGAGGCAGCAAUCUACUGCAAGCCCUGAAGAAAACCUUUGCUCUGAAGGGGCUGGAUUCCCUGGUGACCAUAUUAGGGCGCUGCCCAGAUCAGCCUGCUGAAAUCCUGUCUGACUAUAUCCAACAGUCUACCAUGGGCAGGGACCUCCACACCCACAUUGUUACCUACAAAUGCAAUGAUCAGAUGCCCCCUGCUGUCCUGAAGAACUUUGCAGAAGCUGUUGGGGGCCACUAUCACUGCUACACGCCAGGGACGGAGAUCUGCACCAGCUCAGACACUGACCAGCUACUGAUGGAAAUCCAGAAGGCCCAGAGCCUACUGGGCCACAUCCAAGCUAUGUGCUACAGUGCCCCCAGUGAGGAGCUGACAGGCAUCAUGAAAGAGAUUUCCACAAAAAUUGCACAGGGUUCCCUCAGAGGUCUCUUACCUAAACCCCCAAAGCAUGAAGCUCCCCUCAGAAUUGAGUUCCCAAACUUGGACAAGACUUCUGCAGAAUGGCUAAUGGACAAUGGCCUAAAAGCCAAGAAGCUAAGCCUUUAUCAGGUUCUGGCACCCAACACAUUCUCUCCCAUUGAGGAAUUUGUGCCUAUUCUCCAGAAAAUGGUAUCAUCGACUAUCCAUGAGAAGGCAAUGGUACAAUUUCAAUGGCAUGAUGGGACAGUGAAGAAUGUUCAUGUGGAUCUGCCCUUCCUCUAUGAGUACCAGAAACAGCUCAGCAGAGUUAUGCGGAUGUAUGAGAGGCGGAUUGAAUGGCUCUCAUUGGCCAGCAGAAGAAUCUGGGGCACCGUCUGUGAAAAAAGGGUGGUUAUACUGCUCGAUAUCUCUGCGACCAAUUCCAUGUACAUUAUUCAUAUCCAGCAUUCCCUGCGACUUCUGCUGGAGGAGCAACUGUCCAACAAGGAUGCUUUCAAUGUCAUUGCGUUUGGAAGCUCAAUCAAAAGCUGGAGGCCUGAGAUGGUUUCCAUGAGCCACGACAAUUUACAAAGCGCUUGGCGGUGGGCCCUGACCCUGCAGUGUUGGGGCAGCAGGAACAUCCUCAGUGCCCUGCGGAAGGCUGUGGAAGUGGACUUCAAGGACAGAGACAAACAGCAGUCUCAGGGCAUCUACCUCUUCACAGGGGGUAUUCCGGACCAGGACAUGCCUAUGCUCAUUGCCUAUAUGACCGAGGCCUGUGGGGGCUGCGACCUCCAGCUGAAUGUGUGUCUCUUCUGUGUGGGUGAGCCACAGAUGAACACCACUCCCCCUGCCUGCUAUGCCAGCCGCACCGACACAGCCACUGCCUACCGAGAGCUCACCCGAGCUGCUGGUGGCCGCUUCCACUGGUUUGGAGACACAGGCAUUUGCGAAAGUGAUGACAUCAACACCAUCAUGUGUGAGCUAGAAAAAGCUCUUAACUAUUCCCAAAAGUGUGCCUUACUAGUGUCCUCCCUGAAGAACAAGUCCAGGAAAGAUCUUGAAAGUGCAGCCCUCCCAAAAGAAAAGCCAAAGAUGCUCAAGCAAAGAAGUCAGCCCAAGAAACUCUGCAAGACCACAGCCCCCUCGGCGGUCAGAAUGAGCAGUAGAGAUGACCCUGAUGGAGAAAGAAGUCCCUUAUUGAAAGCUGUGGUGUGGCGGCCACUAAGUCACAAAGUGAGCACCCCACCAGGUGAAGCUGAGGACACUGCAGAAUGGAAGAAGACCCAGGCAAGGGAAGCGUAGAUGUCUCUCUCACUGUUUUAAGAAACUGGGAAUAAUGUGGGCUCAGUAUAUAGAAAGUACCCUCAUGGAAGAAGCAAGCGUCAGACAAUAAUUCAACCUGAAUUACCCAAGAUAAUAGUUCUUUUCUUUACUCUAAAGUGGGUAGCAAAUUACAUGCUAAAAAAACUGAAGAUGGGGAUCUCCAGCCACAUUGGUCCCAAUUGCACUCAUCAAAAGUCAGUACAGAGGCUGGCAGCAGCCAAAUACUGCAGCAUUUUCCCCAGCAUAGAGAUCAAUGGGAUGGUGAGACACAUUCAGUGGAUGCACAGGGAAAUUGAAGUGUACCUCAUGUGCCUAAAGAAGGUGAUGAGGUGCUGUGUCCAGAGGCUGCGGUGGCUGUUCUCUGGGCGCCGCUGAUUGUUUGGCACCAUUUUGGAGAAAAGAGUGUGCAUCCUGCUGGACCGCUCAGGGUCCAUGGGCCCCUACCUGUAGAAGGUGAAGACAGAGCUGAUUCUGCUGAUUUGGGAGCAGAUGAGGAAGCACUGUGACAGUUUUAACCUGAUCAGCUUUUCUGAGGACCCACAACUAUUGCAGGACACUCUGGUGGACACCUCAGACACAGCAUGUCACCAGGCCAUGCAAUGGGUGACCUAUCUCCAUGCCACCUCAGUCUUACAAGCAUUACUGAAAGCUUUCAGUUUUCAUGAUGUGGAAGAAUUGUACCUCCUGACUGAUGGGAAGCCAGACACAAGCUUCAGCCUUAUACUAAGUGAAGUGCAAAGACUCAAGGAGGAGUGCAAUGUGAAAAUACACAUUUCCCUGAGCUGCAUGGGCAGCGUGGAAGCUAACUUCCUGAGAAAUCUGGCCUCCCUCACUGGGGGAUGCUAUCACUGCCUUGUUGGUGAUGACUGGCUCUUCCAAAUUCUCUGUCUGCUGACCAGGGGCUUCAUGGAUGAAAAGGACUCUGUGUUGCCAUCAUUUGAAAGAGAUGAUUUAAGGAGAUUGGCCCAGGUGAUCACUAAGGCCAGAACCUUCCUCUGGCAGGCCCAGUCAUUCAGUGAGAGCCUGCGGGUCUCUGCUGUUGAACACUGGCGGGAGGAAGCGCCGGGCAGUCAGGAAGCCCGGCCCCACCCCCGAUUCCCGCUCCCUACCCACCUACCCUGCCCCGCCCCGCCACACCUCCCCGAGGAGGUGGAGCCCCUGCAGCGCCAGGCUUGCCAGGCUUGCCAGGCUCUGUUGGUAGGAGACGCUCGUCGGUUGCAGCUUGCUAGCACUAGCACCGGGAACCCAGUCGCGGGGAGCAGGGCUAGGUGA